GUUUUCCCUUGUCCAUUCUAAGCUGAUCAAAAUAUUAUUUUAUUAGCAUCCAUGAAAGCUUGAAGAUUGUGUGAUCAUAUAUCCUUGAGCUCAUAUUCUCCUUCAUUAUUCACUCUAUCUCGUGCAAAAUCCAGAGUUUUCCUGAUUUUUUCGCAGUUGUAAGUCUCGCACAGAUACUGAUUGUUUGAUCGUAUAUAUGUGUUUGGAGCUGAACAUCCAAAAUGCAGCAGGGCAGAGAUCCAUUCUUUGGCUUUGGUGAUCCUUUUGGUAAUUUUGGAGGCCAAAGAAGUCUAAUCUCUAGCUUUUUUGGGGGAAGGGAUCCAUUCGAUGACCCGUUUUUCACACGUCCCUUUGGAAGCAUGUUUGAGUCAAGCAUCUUUGGAUCUAAUGGAGGUCCAUAUAUGAAUCCACUUUCUUAUGGAUAUCUUGAACAUCAGCCUACACAGCCGAAUGCAUCAAGGGGACCAGUGAUUGAGGAGCUGAAUUCUGAUGAUGAGGUUGAUGCAAAAGAAAAUGGAAAGGACAAAAAGGAGAAUCCUAGGAAACAUGGAAGAUCUGGUAAAGAGCCUUUUGUGGAGAACCAUGAUGAUGAAGAAACUGAGCAAAAGAGCAAGCAUAUGGCUCGCCAAAAUGAGAUCUACCAGAUGCAAAGUGCACGGUCACAGCCUCAAAGUCAUAGCUUCUCCUAUCAAAGUACCACUAUUUCUUAUGGUGGUGCAAAUGGUGCAUACUACACUUCUUCUAGAACAAGGAGAUCAGGGAGUGAUGGAUUAACAUUUGAAGAAUGCAAAGAAGCUGAUUCAUCUACUCGCCAAGCAACUCAUAGGGUCUCAAGGGGUAUCCAUGACAAGGGUCAUUCCUUAACUCGUAAGUUGAACUCGGAUGGGCAUGUUGACACAAUGCAGACUCUGCAUAAUCUUAAUGAAGACGAACUUGGCGGCUUUGAGGAAGCAUGGAAGGGAAAUGCCAGGAAAUAUCUCCCUGGGUUGGGUGAAAGAUUCACUAAUCAAGAUGGUAAAGUGUUUGGAAGCGGUUAUCAGAACAGGCUUGGCAGAGAUGGAUGGGCUCUUCCUUCAACCUAUAGUUCAAGCAAUCAAGGAAGCUCGAAACCAGAUAUAGGAGGCAUGGCAGGUGCGCCACGUCAUUCUGCAAAAGCCAAAGCCGAUGGUAGUGGUCCAUCACGCAUUAGAUCAAACAGAAGCGGACACUUUUAUCUCGAGUGGAAUGUAUCUGCAUUUCUGAUGACUGAUGCUAAAAACUAUAUUACGAAGCUGAGGGUAUUUCUCAUGUACCUUCAUAUUGUUGCUGCUUUACUAAUGAACAGUACUACGGAAUCAAAAGCUGGGUCAGCUGGGCUUCUUCCACCGGCUUUUUUUCGCCCGAUUUGGCCGGUUAUUGGCUAUAAAAGGCUUUGCGUAAGAGCUCCAGCCCGAUUUUAUGCUGUAAGGUGCUCCUCAACGAAGUCUGGCGCCGGAGAGAAGAACUCUCCGGCGCGGCUGGCAGAGGUCCAGCGGCUUUUGCACGAGGCCGAGGAGCGGUUUAAAGCUGCUGGAGGUGGCGCGGAGCCCAUCCCUCAAAUAAAGCUAGAUCAUGUAACUGUAAGCUAUGCUAGGAGUGGUGGGCCAGGGGGACAAAAUGUCAACAAAGUAAACACCAAGGUUGACAUGCGGUUUAAUGUUAAAAAUGCUCAUUGGUUGAGUGAAAGGGUGAGGGAGAAGAUAAUGCAAAUGGAGAAGAAUCGGAUCAAUAGGGAUGGAGAGCUUGUGAUUUCUUCAACAAAGACAAGAACUCAGAAGGGUAACACUGAAGAUGCUUUGGCAAAAAUACAGGCUAUUAUUGAUGCUGCUUCAUAUGUCCCUCCACCUCCUUCAGCAGAGACAGUAAAAAAGAUUGCUAAAUUGUCUGCUGCUGGGGAGCAGAAACGGCUGGAUAAGAAAAAAGCCCUGUCACAUAAGAAAGCACAAAGAAGAAGCCGAGACAGCUGGGACUGAUGCUUGGGCAUAUAAAAUCAUCGGCUGUAGUACGAAUUGCUUUUCCAAGGUUGAGCGAUAUGAUUUCGAGUGAACCGAACUACCAUUGCCAGCACUUACAUCCAGUGAUGAGUUGCCGCUUGAGAAAAAAGAACCACGUUAUCAUUUGUUGGAAACAUACGAUGUACAACUCAUUAGACCGGACUCGAUAUUUAUGUGGUCAGAGACUACAUUUUGGUGCUUGUAGCUCGAGUCAUUGUGCUUGUAACGGCCUGUAAGCGUUUGUGGCUCGGUUUAUGGUUGGGCAAGAAAACUACCAUGGGUGUAUUGAUUAUUAAGUUUAUCCAAAAAUAUGAUGGGGAAGAUUAAACAAAAAUUUUCUGUUGGAUAAUUUUAAUCCUCAGUUUGUCUAAAAUAUUGCAGAGAACAGAGAGAACUAUCUCAAUCACAUGAAUACAGGUUUGUCUCUCCCUUCUAACUUCUCAUACCACAAAGAAACUAACCAUGUCAACUUCAUUUUCAUUUAUCAUCUUCUCCAAAUUAUUAACAAAUGUUUAUUUUCCAUUUUCCUUCAUAGACUAAUGAUCAAGAUCCAACUUUUGAAUCUUGCAGUUUUUCGUAGUUUAAACUAUAUGUCUAUAUCUAUCUCCUGUCCUUCCAAAACUAUGAUAAAUAUAUUCUCAUUCAUUUCCUGAAUACAAACUCUUCCCCCGACCGCCAGUCGACAUGUUUGAUCCACCUUCUCUUUCUCUUCCCCUCACCCGAACCACUGCCCGUGGCCCCAACAUGCGAGAUAUCCAAACCCUUCCCAACCGGCAAGAAAACCGACCUCACAAUCCCCCUNCCCCCGCCACCUGGAAUCCGAGCCGCUGGCGUUCUUGCACACGAUCACGGCCCCCCUCUCCCCCAACUUAGCCGCUCUCAGCAUUCCCAGAAGGUCAUCCCGUGCGCAGUUCCCUACCAGAAAGUCGAUCCCUUCAAAUUCCUCCACAGCCCUCUCUGUGGGGCCCACCACAAUUUCGCAGGCUGGCUGGCCGUGCAGCAAUCUCAUGGACUCUGCGUAUUCUGAUUUUGAUGCCUCGUCGGGGACUAUGCAGACGUGCCUGCCGCCCGUGUGGGUGGCAGCAACCGCGAGCCCGAUGCUGGUGGCCGUGGGCCCGCCUAUGGACCAUGUCUCGACAAUCAGCCGAGCAUUCCACCCGGCGGCCAUGGCCGAGAUGAGCUCGGCUACUCCUGGAUUUCCAAUAAUCGAUGGUUUUCGAAUGCUAAUUACUGAUUUAACGGUGUCCAUAUAUGCUUUUGUGGCUGUCUCUGGAGACCAAACAAGCUUCNUUUUUCUUCUGUUUUUCCUUUAUUUU